UGUUGCUUGUUUCCUGAGGUGGAGGCGGACGAGUCGCUGAAGGAGCAAAUCAAAAUGGCGAGCCAAGAGGAGUCUGUGAGGGAGUUCGUCGCUGUUACUGAUGUGGAUGAGGAGAGGGCCCGGUUUUUCCUGGAGUCCGCAGGCUGGAAUUUGCAGCUUGCCCUCGCCAGUUUCUUUGAGGAUGGAGCUGAUGACGACAUAGUGACGCUUCCUCAACCUGAGGGAGGCUCCUCGGUGUCCCGGUCUGCUGGGCCAAGCGCUCAGCCCAGAGUGACCUCCUUCAGAGAUCUGAUGCAUGAAGCAGAGGAGGAGAGUGAUGAGGAGGAAGGCCAAAGGUUUUUUGCUGGGGGAUCAGAGCGCAGUGGGCAGCAGAUCGUCGGGCCUCCCAAGAAAAAGAGCUCCAAUGAAGUUGUGGAGGAUUUGUUCAAGGGGGCAAGGGAACACGGGGCCGUGCCUCUGGACCGGCCUGGGAGAGGGCCAGGAGAGUCCAGCAAAGCCAAGGCCUUCAUCGGUGGAGGCUACAGGCUAGGUGCAGGUCCUGAGGAGGAGUCAGCAUACGUGGCUGGAGAGAGGCAUGGAGCCAAAAGCCAGCAGGAUGUACAUGUGGUGCUGAAGCUGUGGAAGACAGGUUUCAGUCUGGAUAAUGGUGAGCUCCGAAACUACAACGACCCUGGAAAUGCCAACUUCCUUGAGGCGAUCAGAAGGGGGGAGAUUCCUCUGGAACUGAGACAGCGGUCUCGAGGGGGCCAAGUCAACCUCGACAUGGAGGACCACAGGGACGAGGACUACUCCAAACCCAAGAUGGCCUUCAGGGCCUUUGGAGGUGAAGGACAGAAGUUGGGAAGUGCCACCCCAGAGUUGGUUUCAGCUCCGGCCACCUCCCAGCAGGACCAGGCUGCCAACGAGGCCCAGGCCAGCGCCUCCGUGACCCUCGACUCGUCCCAGCCUGUAACCAACAUUCAGUUCCGACUGGCCGAUGGCGGCAGGCUGGUCCAAAGGUUCAACUACACCCACAGGGUGUCUGACCUGCGCCAGUAUGUGGUGGGUGCCCGGCCCGCCAUGGCUGCCAGAGAGUUCGUCCUCAUGACCACCUUCCCCAACAAGGAGCUGUCUGAUGACAGCCAGACGCUGGAGCAGGCCAACCUCCUCAACGCGGUCAUCGUCCAGCGGCUAACCUGAGGGGGAGAGGAAGGGCACGCCCCCCGAUGGUGUGGCUGACUUACUGCAGCCCUGUGAAACCUGCUGCCCCUUCUGAGGGAGGAGAAAACACAGACUUAUGUAUGGACUUCUAAUUUCUGAUUUUUUGUUUUUCUAAAGUGAAACAUAACAUUAUGCUCCCCUGACUCCCACUCUCAACCCUCCCCCCCCCCCCCCCCCCCCCCCCCCCCACCCCCCCAUUUUGGUCUGUGAUGGGCGCUAAUGAGGGGGAAACUAAAAAUUCUUCCAGAAUAAGAGCUGUUGGAUAAGCCUACAGAUGCUGUUGGAUUGUGGUUUUGAUGGGGAUGUGUUUACCUGACAGCAGUACAUGAUUUAACCCCAAAACACAGCAGCAGUCCUGCUUCCUGCACAACAGUUUAGUUGCAGAGAUGUUCAUUAAACCUGGCGCUUUGUUCCUUUUUAAAGGGAAACUUUGGUAUUUUUUUAACCUGGACCCUAUUUUGCCAUGUUUGUGUAUGCAGGUCACUAAUGGGGACAAGCAUUUUUGAAAUUGUUCCAGUAUAACAAACAAGAAGACAGUCGUUCAAUACUGCGUUGUAUGCUUUCAUCUGUCUCGAGGACGAGGUAAUAUGUAAGGAUGAUUGCCUUCACACCAGGCAUAAUCGAUGAAAUUGAUGAAUGAUCAUGAGCACUAUAUACCGAUUUAUUCUGCCUGCCGUCUGAAUUUUACGCCAUCAUAAUAGUGACACAAUUGCAUGUAAGGAUUACGCUGCUGCAGCACUCUUGCUUAGUACUGGACCAGUUUUAUAACAUUUGGUCCCAACAGUCAUUUAGACACAAAAAACAUGAUAAAAUGUAAAUAAAUACCAACAUUUCUCUUUAACUUGCUCCCCAGUUUUUCCUCUUUGAUUAACCUUAAUUUUGCCCUUCAGCUGUGUUGACUAUCAGGUGCUGGGGCCACACCAGAUACAUGCAGCAGUAGACUUCAGUUUGUUUCUGUCUCAACAGCACAAACCAGAACAACAUAAGGAAUACUAGUCUUAUUAAGGUCAAAGUACACGUUGAUGAUGUGGUUUUGUACGCUUUUCCAUUUCUCUUCAAAUCUUCUUUUUGGACAGAGAAGCGUAACAGUGUAACAAAACAGCGAGGGGACUUUUCUCCAGCCAACCUAUACCAGUAGCCUUACGCUCCUUUAUUCACCUCCAGAUCCACAAACUGUCCCUUUGUUCAAAUGAAGAUGGAGUUAUUUUUUUAAACUGCCUUCCCCUUCCCCCUCUUUCUUCUUUUUCCUUCACAGACUGUAGAAUUGUCCCAGUUAGACAAUGGCAUUUUGAUAUUGUGUAACAUAAAAAAACAAAUCAGUUACACACGGCUUUAUUGCCAAACCAAUGGUUGAGCAAAAACGAAUAUAGAUUGUAAACACUGGUUUGUAGAAGUGGAAGUUGAAUUCCUAUGACACACUGACAUCUUCUAUGCAUCCUGGGGCAACACAGAAUAUGUUUGGACCUCUGGUAAAAUAAAUCCAUUUUAUGGUUGAUGUAUAAAGAA